AUGAAGCGACCCAAGACUCACGGCGGAUGUAAAUCUGUAUGUUCUGAUGGUUCUGAAUGGGAAACUCUUCUUACAGAAGUUGCGUUUCCUGUGUUGGAAAAGCUGCUGGAACCCCUUGAUCAUGUUCGUUUCGCUACCGUGUGUAAACGAUGGAGUUCAAUUGAAAAAGAUUACAAUCACACAACUCAGCGUUGGCGCAGUAAGCAAGUACUUCCCAUGCUCAUGAUCCCUCCUAGUAGUGCUGCACUAUCCCAAGGAGUAGUACUGUACAGCGUUUCUGAAAGAAGACUGUAUAACAACAUUGUGUUACCGGUGCCUGCAAAUGAAAAGUAUUGUGGCUUUAGCCAUGGUUGGUUGGCCUCCAUAGACGAAUCUCUGACCAACAUAACUCUUAGAAAGUUCCCCGCAUACCGGAACGGCGGACGGAAUGUCAUUCAUCUUCCUCCUCUCAAACAUGACGACUUCACAUAUAAUUACAACACGAAAUCCCUCACAAAGGUCAUAUUGUCUGCUGAUCCCACUUUACAUCCCAACAAUUAUACAGUCUCGGCAAUCUUCGAUCAUAGUCACAAGGUAGCUUACCUUGCAGGACAACGAGAUCAUUGGAUGUACCCCUUUUUAAUUGGUAGCUUUCCCAAGUUUGGUCACGCUAUAUUUUAUAGAGACGAUGGCUACCUAAUCAAUUACUUCGGAAGUACUUUGUUGAGAUUCGAUGUAUAUUUUAGUUUAUUGCAGACUCGACCUAAAAUCAGUCCUAAAGGUUGUACAUAUUUUGUUGAAACAACCAAAGGAAACUUAUUGCUUGUUGAAAAAGUUUCGGCACGUCAGGAAGUGUCUGCUGCAACGUUCAAGGUUUACCAAUUGGGAACUGAUCGCUCGCUUGAUACACAAGUACUCGAGGUAAAUAGCAUUGGAGAUGAAGCUCUAUUCGUAUGUGAGAGUAAUUCAAUGUCUGUUUUGGCUUCGAACUUUCGUGGAUGCCAGCCUAAUUCUAUCUACUAUGCUUAUAAUCGUGGCUCAACAUGGGAGAUGGGUAUCUUCAGUUUAGAGAACAAAACCACCACACGACUUUACUCUCUGAAUCAUUGUGAAUCGGACUAUAUGCCAUUUUGGAUCACACCAUCGUUUGAAGGACUCUGCUGA